AUGUCCGAGCAUCUCGGGAAACAGUUGCAGCUUCAACGCUCGAUCGAGCGGCAUCUCGAAAAUUUCAAGAAAAUCGGGAAGGGGAACUUAACCCCGGCGAAGGUGCGUUCCCGCAUUCAAUCUCUAAAGGAGCUCUGGGCUCCGUUCUUCGACGGCCACGCAGAUCUCCUGCAUCGGAUUCCUGAAUCGAGCCGAGCAACCCUGAGCUACUUCCAGGACAACGCCUUUGACACGACUCUCGCAACCUAUCACCAUGCCCUCGACUACCUGACGGAGUGCCUGGAGGAAUUGGAGCCGGUCGAUUGCAAAAGUAAAUAUUCUUGUCGCGUAUGUCAUAAAAGGCAUCACUCUCUGCUGCAUUCUGACUCGGAUUCUGGCUUCAGUGCCACAGGCGCUGUUUCUAGCGACAGUUCGUCCUCAAAGGACAAUGCGGCGAUUAACUGCUCGUCGCCUCAGGCCUCUGACUCGAAAUCGGAGGUCAACUCUCUUUUCGCGGCUGCGAAAAAUCGUUCGCCGAUUCUAUUGGCGACAGCGUGGAUCACGGUCCGCAGUUCGUCCGGCCGUACCGCCGUCGUCAGAGCGUUACUCGACCAAGGCUCCGAGAUGACGUUCAUCUCGGAGAACUUGGCGCAAACCUUGCGAGUCAAACGGAUUCGCAUGCCGAUCUCGAUUUCCGCCGUCGGCGGAAUUAACGCCGGGACAUUUCAAAACGCGACGCGCAUAUUCAUUUCGCCGCGCGCGUCCCUCGUCCCGUCCCUCUCGACCACGGCGCUCAUUCUCCCGUCCGUAACCUCCUACAUUCCGAAACGCAACGCGGAUAUUUCGUCCAUCUCAUAUCUCUCCGACUUACCGCUAGCCGACACGGAUCCGACGAGUCGCGAUCCCAUCAGUCUCAUUAUUGGAGCGGAUCUCUAUAAUGAGAUUAUUCUCGACGGCGUGCGUAAGGGGGGGAUCGGGCAACCUAUCGCGCAAAAUUCUAUAUUCGGCUGGGUCAUCUCCGGACCCUUCAGUUCAGUUGCGUUUCCUGAACAGUCCUCAGCGAAAGUUCCUCGAAUCUCAACGCAUCAUAUUUGCUCUCUCUCGCUGGAGAAAGAACUCCGCCGGUUCUGGGAAAUCGAGGAGCUUCCGCAGCGAUCCGCUCUUACCCAAGAAGAGAAGGAUUGCGAAGAGCAUUUCCGCUCGACUCAUUCUCGAAAUUCGGAGGGACAAUACGUCGUGCGUCUCCCAUUUAAGAAAGGCCCUCCUAUCGAAAUCGGGGAGUCUCGGGUUCAAGCCGAGAAAAUGUUAAAUUCGCUAACUCGUCGACUUCGUGACAAACCGGAAGUUAUGAAAGACUAUCACAAUUUUCUCGACGAGUACGACCGUCUCGGACACAUGCGACCGUUAUCUCCCGCGCAAGACAACGAACAAAGCGUCUAUCUUCCACACCACGGGGUGAUUCGGGAAGAUAGCGUUACCACGCGUCUCCGCGUCGUGUUCAACGCGUCAAGCGUCACCUCUAACAAUACCUCUCUCAACGACCACUUGCAUAUUGGUCCGAAAAAGCAAACCGAUAUUUCCGCAAUAAUUGCGCGGUGGCGCAGAUACAAAUACGUUUAUUCGGCAGAUAUCGCAAAAAUGUAUCGCCAAAUUCUCGUCGAUUCUCGCGAUAUAAAUUACCAAAGAAUUUUAUGGAGACGGUCUCCUCACGACGCAAUAAUUAUUUUCCUGUUGCUAACCGUGACUUAUGGCCAAGCCUGCGCGCCCUUUCUUGCCCUUGCCGUUCUCGAGCAGUUAACUAUCGACGAGGGUAAACACUUUCCCCUCGCCAUCCCGAUUCUCAGAGAACAUAUUUACAUCGACGAUGCCGUAUUCGGAGCUGACGACAAGCCUCAUAUUCGACAAAUUCGAGAUCAGUUAGUUGCCUUAUUAAAACGCGGCGGGUUCGAGUUAAAGAAAUGGGCAAGUAACUCCCCCUCUCUUCUAGACGAUAUUGACGUCGCGGAUCAUGGGCUAGCCGGUCAAAAGCCCUUCGCGCAAGACGAACAGCUCAAAAUUCUCGGUAUCGGGUGGAACCCUUCUAAAGAUGUUUUCGAAUAUCGCGUCGCGCUUUCGGAGAAAGUUCCCGAUACCAAACGUACUAUAUUGUCCGCUGUCGCGAAACUUUACGAUCCGUUGGGCUGGGCCACACCUGUCACGAUCGCCGCGAAAAUCCUCAUGCAAAGGCUCUGGCAACUUAAUAUCCAGUGGGAUGAGCUUCUUUCCGAAUCGGUUUUCGCGAGAUGGAACGAUAUAUAUUCACGUUUAUCAGCUCUCGGUCACGUGCAAAUUCCUCGUUGGAACGGCCUCGGGCCUGAUGCCGAACGUUCCGAAAUACACGGUUUCGCGGACGCUUCGAAUCAUGCUUACGCCGCCGUUGUCUAUAUAAAAGUAGUGUCUUCGUCGGGCAAAGUCACUAUAUCGCUGCUCGUUG